UCUAUAAAAACAUACACAGCCCAUGAAUCAACACUAUACCUCCCAUAGUACUACUAUUAUCUUUUGUUUCUCCUACAAGCAUGAGAAGAGCUUGCUAUUCCUUUUAUCUUUGUCUUUCUCUUCUGCUGUUCUUCUUCGUGAGUGAUGUAGCGUCUGUGCCGCUCUCGACGAGCUCGCGGUGGAUUGUGGACAAGGAGGGCAGGCGGGUAAAGCUGGCUUGUGUGAACUGGCCAUCGCAUCUUGAGCCGAUGCUUGCAGAGGGGCUCGGGAAGCAAACAUUGGAUACCAUAACAAAGAGGGUUGGUAGCAUGGGAUUCAACUGUGUGAGGCUCACCUGGGCUACCUUCAUGGUGACCAACGAGUCCUUGUCGUCGCUCACCGUCCAGCAGUCCUUGGAGGCUCUCAACCUCUCUGAGUCCAUUGGCGCAAUACAAGUCAAUAAUCCUUCUUUGCUGAAUCUCACACUUAUCCAAGCAUUCGAGGCUGUGGUGUCCAGCCUACGCGAUAACAACGUAAUGGUGAUAUUGGACAACCACAUAAGCAAGCCAGGGUGGUGUUGCAGCAACAGUGACGGGAAUGGUUUCUUUGGGGACAAGUACUUUGAUCCUGAUGUAUGGAUCCAGGGGCUAACAAAAAUGGCCACAAUGUUUAACGGAACCUCCAAUGUAGUUGGCAUGAGCCUAAGGAAUGAGUUGAGGGGACCCAAACAAAACGUCGACGAUUGGUACAGAUACAUGCAGAAGGGCGCAGAGGCAGUACAUGCGGGGAAUCCAGACGUGCUCGUGAUCCUCUCCGGCAUGAGCUUCGACAACGACCUCAGCUUCCUCACCCGCAGUCCGGUCAACGUCAGCUUCUCUAACAAGCUGGUGUUCGAGCUGCACUGGUAUAGCUUCUCGGACGGCGAGGCAUGGCGCAGCGGGAACGCCAACGACGUGUGCGGGAGAAUAACGGGGAACGUCGAAAGGAAGGCCGGGUUUCUACUGGAUGGGGGGUCCCCGCUUCUUCUGAGCGAGUUCGGAGUCGAUAACAGAGGAGGGAAUGCCAACGACGACCGGUAUUUCGGGUGCGUGGCGGGGGUGUUGGCUGACUGGGACUUGGACUGGGCGCUGUGGACCCUGCAGGGGAGCUACUACUUGCGACAGGGGGUGUUCGGGUUGGACGAGGUGUAUGGGGUCUUGGGUUGGGAUUGGUGCAAGGACCGGAAUACUAGCGCGCUGAGCAGGAUUCAAGCAUUACAGCCGCCGUUUCAAGGGCCUGGUGUUUCUAAUCUGCCUCCUUACACGAUAAUCUUCCACCCGUCGACUGGGCUCUGCGUACUAAAGAAAUCGUUGAUGGAGCCAACACUGGAGUUAGGCCCCUGCAACAACACCGAGGCGUGGACCUACACAUCCCAGCACGCUCUAAUGCUGAAGGACACCCUCCUAUGCUUGAAAGCCGAAGGCAGCGGGAAGCCGGCGAAGCUGGGGAUAGUCUGCACUGACUCUAGCUCAAAGUGGGAGCUGAUCUCCGACUCCAAGAUGCACAUCUCGUCUUGUAACAAUGGUGCUGCAGGCAGCUUAUGCCUGGAUGUCGGCACCGACGGCAGGAGUAUCGUGACGAACCCAUGCGAGUGCCUAAGCCGGCGGCAAGAUUGCGACCCCGAGAGCCAGUGGUUCAGGCUUGUGAGCAGCACCCGGAGCAUCGCUAGCCGGAUCCCUCUUCGGCAGCUCCCGCACCAAUUCAGGAGAUGGAAAAUCAUGUAGAAGUUGUUCACUGCAUAUAUAUUGAUGUUUUAUUAUUAUGUUUUCUUUUGUGGCUUGUUUGCAGCAGUACUGCCAUAUUCAACAUCAAAAGAAAUGGCAUUUCUGAUGCACAGUUGGGCAUUUGUAUGAAAUUCCAUGUUGUAACAUUCCAAUAAUUCCAUAUCAGAUAAGAGCUAAAUGUUAUAUAGGACAAAAUAUUACAAUACGAGUGUGGUGGAAGUCUCUUUUUAAACGCAUAGUAGCUACCACCUCAAGAAUCUGUAAUUUUGGUCUAUAUCUGUUAUCGGCUUUGGACCUUAUGAGGACAGGAGUUCUACUGUGGAUCUAUUGAGAAUAU